CUGGUCAGUGGGUUUGUGCAAUCUGUGCAUUGCCUCACUGUUCCUUGGGUCGACCGACUGUUUGACUGUUUGACUGUUUGACUGUUUGACUCUGUGACUGCCGGAGUGCCGGAGUGCCUGACUGCCUGACUGCCUCAUUCGGCAGGCCCCCCAUUACCCCGCCUGCACCCCGCAUCGCGCCGGCGUGCCUGAUUCGCCAGGCCGCCCACUGCCCGUGGCCCAAGCUGGACAGCUCCUGACGCUUCGCUGCGCUGGAGAACCUCUGAUUCCCGCGGGUUUCGCAAUCCCUUUCCCGUCAUUCGCUGCCUAUAAAACUGCCGAGUGCCUCUGCUUCUUGCUUUCCCUUCUCUCCGUCUCCCGUCUCUCUCUCUUCCCAGGGAACCUGUCCCCCGUUUCUCUUCCCUUCCCCUUCCCUCGCAGAUAUCCUCCGACACUUCAUCAUGAGCGAGUGUCCGUUUCACAACGGCCAGAAAUCCUCCAAUGUCGCCGGCGGUGGCACCAGAAACGUCGACUGGUGGCCCGGCCAGCUGCGUCUGAGCAUUCUGCGCCAGCACGCCGACGCCAGCAACCCCCAGGGCAAGGACUUUGAAUAUGCCGCCGCCUUCAAGAGCCUGGACUACGACGCCCUGAAGAAGGACCUGCACCACCUCAUGACCGACUCGCAGGACUGGUGGCCCGCCGAUUUCGGUCACUACGGCGGCCUGUUCAUCCGCAUGGCCUGGCACAGCGCCGGCACCUACCGCGUCUUCGACGGUCGCGGCGGCGGCGGGCAGGGCCAGCAGCGCUUCGCGCCCCUGAACAGCUGGCCCGACAACGCCAGUCUCGACAAGGCCCGUCGCCUGCUGUGGCCCAUCAAGCAGAAGUACGGCAACAAGAUCUCCUGGGCCGACCUGCUGCUGCUGACCGGCAACGUCGCCCUCGAGUCCAUGGGCUUCCAGCCCUUCGGCUUCGCUGGCGGCCGGCCCGACACCUGGGAGGCCGACGAGGCCGCCUACUGGGGUGGCGAGCAGUCCUGGUUCCCCCAGGGCAACGACGUGCGCUACGCCGCCCAGACCGACGCCGAGAAGAAGCAGCAGGGCGACAUCCGCACCCGCAACCUCGAGGACCCCCUGGCCGCCGUGCACAUGGGCCUGAUCUACGUGAACCCCGAGGGCCCCGACGGCAACCCCGAUCCCGUCGCGGCUGCCCGGGACAUCCGCGUGACCUUCGGUCGCAUGGCCAUGAACGACGAGGAGACCGUGGCCCUGAUCGCCGGUGGACACACCUUUGGCAAGACGCACGGCGCCGGGCCCGCCGACAAGAUCGGCCCCGAGCCCGAGGCCGCCGACCUGCACCAGCAGGGGCUGGGCUGGAGCAACGGAUACCUGUCCGGUCGCGGCACCGACAGCAUCACCAGCGGCCUGGAGGUCACUUGGACCAAGACGCCCACGCGCUGGAGUCUCGGCUUCCUCGAGUACCUGUUCAAGUUCGAGUGGGAGCUGACCAAGAGUCCCGCCGGCGCCAACCAGUGGACCGCCAAGAACGCCCCCGAGAUCAUCCCCGACGCCUACGACGCCAACAAGAAGCAGCAGCCGCGCAUGCUGACCACCGAUCUGGCGCUGCGCUUCGAUCCCGCCUACGAGAAGAUCGCCCGUCGCUUCCUGCAGAAGCCCGACGAGUUCGCCGACGCCUUCUCCCGCGCCUGGUUCAAGCUGCUGCAUCGCGACAUGGGUCCCCGCGCGCGCUGGCUGGGGCCCGAGGUGCCCAAGGAGACGCUCCUCUGGGAGGACCCCGUGCCGGCGGUCGACCAUCCCUUGAUCGACAACGAGGACGCCCUGGCGCUGAAGAAGGAGAUUCUGGCCUCCGGCGUCGAGCCGACCAAGUUCAUCACCACCGCCUGGGCGUCCGCCUCGACCUUCCGCGGCAGUGACAAGCGCGGCGGUGCCAACGGCGCGCGCAUUCGCCUGGCGCCCCAGAAGGACUGGGAGGUGAACAACCCGCCGCGCCUGCAGGAGGUGCUGCGCGUGCUGGAGCGCAUCCAGCGCGAUUUCAACGGCGCCCAGACGGGCGCCAAGCGCGUCUCGCUGGCCGAUCUGAUCGUGCUGGCCGGCUGCGCCGCCGUCGAGCGCGCGGCGGGCCACCCCGUGCCCUUCACGCCCGGGCGCACCGACGCCAGCCAGGAGCAGACCGACGUCGAGCAGUUCGAGUACCUGCGGCCGCUGGCGGACGGCUUCCGCAACUACGGCGGCUCGACGCCGCGCGUGCGUGCCGAGCAGUAUCUCGUCGACCGCGCCCAGUUGCUGCAGCUGACGCCGCCCGAGAUGACGGUGCUCGUGGGCGGCCUGCGCGUGCUGGACGCCAACUACGACGGCUCCGACACCGGUGUUUUGACGCAGCGCCCCGGCCAGCUGACCAACGACUUCUUCGUCAACCUGCUGGACAUGAACACCGUCUGGCAGCCGACCGGCGCCGACCACGAGCGCUUCGAGGGCGUCGACCGCAAGACGGGCGCCAAGAAGUGGACGGGCAGCCGUGUGGACCUGGUCUUCGGCUCGCAUGCCGAGCUGCGCGCGUUGGCCGAGCUGUACGGCAGCGCCGACGGCCAGGCCAAGUUCGUCAAGGACUUCGUCGCCGCCUGGGACAAGGUCAUGCAGCUGGACCGCUUUGACUUGGUCUACUCGGCCAUUCCGACGCGUCCGCGCCUGUAGUCGGUGCUAGCUCGCAUUGCGGUUCAGUUUUCCACGGCGAAUAUUCUGCUUCCUAUCUUGUGUAUCUUUCAUGAGUUUAUGAGUAAAAUUGUCUAGUCGAAUCAAGUUUUCGGUAUUUUCGUGCAGCAGAGUUUGUGACAUAGGCUGUGGACGGUCCGUAGCAGCUGCCCGUCGAAGGGUACGAAUUG